AUGGGGCUAAUGGUUCUGGUGGCCCUCAAUGGUUUUGGGCAGAAUACUGCCGACAGCUGGGGGCGACUGCAUGCCUUUCAUGAGCACCACCCACAGACCAAUGACCAAGCCAAGCAAGCUAGUCUGCAGCUGGAGAGGGUGUCUAAGAUCAAGCCCAUUCUUCUCUCCCCCCUGCAGCCCAUAACCUCUGCUCCUCUGCGUCCCAGACAGGUUGAGGGUGCACUCACAUACACAGUGCACUGGCUCCUGGAUGUGAUGAGGAGAGACCUAAUUGAAGACUAUGAAGAGAGUAAAGAGGAGGAACAUCAAUGUGGAAAGAGUUUGGCAAGCAAAAGCAAACUUGAGAUUCACUUGAGGAUCCACACUGGAGAGAAACCAUUCACAUGCACUCAGUGUGGGAAGAGUUUCAGCCACUCAGCAAACCUUAAUCAACACAUGAUUAUCCACACUGGAGAAAGACCAUUCAUGUGCACUCCAUGUGGGAAGAGUUUCAGCCAAUUAUCAUCCUUUAAUCAACACAUGAGGAUUCACACUGGAGAGAAACCAUUCACAUGCACUCAGUGUGGGAAGAGUUUCAGCCAAUCGUCAAAUCUUAAUCUACACAUGAGGAUCCACACUGGAGAGAAACCAUUCACAUGCACUCAGUGUGGGAAGAGUUUUAGCCACUCAUCACACCUUAAUCAACACAUGAUGAUCCACACUGGGGAGAAACCAUUCACAUGCACUCAGUGUGGGAAGACUUUCAGCCAAUCAUCAUCCCUUAAUCAACACAUGAGGAUCCACACUGGAGAGAAACCAUUUACAUGCACUCAGUGUGGGAAGAGUUUCAGCAAAUCAUCAUCGCUUUAUAGACACAUGAAGAUCCACACUGGAAAGAAACCAUUCACAUGCCCUCAGUGUGGGAAGAGUUUCAGCCUAUCAUCAUCAAUUUAUAGACACUUGAAGAUCCACACCGGA